UGAUGGUCAUUUCUAUUGGGGCCAUGCUGUUUCACCUGUACAUUCUGUUUGACCGAUAUUUUCAGUACAAGACAAAUACUCAGGUAGAGCUGAAGUUCAGCCGUAUUCAGUUCCCAGACGUGACGGUUUGUAACAAUAAUGUCUUGAGAAAAUCAAAGUGGAGGAGUGGCAGCAAGCAAGUCAGAUUCAUUCUACAAAAUGUGUAUGAUGAGUGUGAUCAAACCGAUGACUCCAACAGUACCACUGACUUAAACAACGUUGGCGAUUACACUUGCAUUACUGAGACGGAGGCCGACUUGGAAGCGUUCGAGAUAAGUGCACAAAGUCAAGACCCCGCAGAUAUCAGUGGAUUUGCAAGCCUACUUAAAUACACAUUCAAAGAUGUGUUCAGCGCCCAAUCAGAGUCACUAAAGAAAGAUCUAGGACAUCAAGAAAAACCCUUCCUGUUAAGCUGUAAAUUCGCACAGAGGCAAUGCAAAUUAGACCAGUACGUUUCAGUGCUGUCACCCAACUACGGUAACUGUUACACCAUUCACAACCCAAAGUUUGUCUCAACAACCAGCGGGCCCCCUGGAGGCCUGGAACUGGUUUUGUUCCUGGAGAACUUUGAAUACCUGCCGUAUCUGACCAGUGGUCAAGGUGCUGUUGUGGUCAUCCACGAACCUGGGACAGUCCCUAACAUUGACGGGGAGGGGAUCUUUGUUAGCGCAGGAACUCAGACACUUAUCGGCUUGAAACAGGUUGUCUUCAACCGUCUUGGUCCCCCAUACAGUGUAUGUCAACAGGAUGACAGCUAUAGGGACACGUACAACAUCACUUACAGGAAAAAUAUCUGCCAGAAGUUGUGUCUGCAGGAACAGAUCCAUCAGAAUUGUAAAUGUUACGAUAGUGCCAGCCCACAGGAAAAUUCUAUCAUGAGAGUUGCAUCACGGCUUCAUGCAUGUCGGUCAGCAGAAGAGCUCAUAUGCAAGUUCAAAACUACAUCGGAGUUCAGCGAAAAUGAAAUAUUAUGUGAUUGUCCAAACCCCUGUAGCGAGACGGCCAACAGUAGAAGUUCGGCGUUUCUCCAAUGGCCCAGUGAAGAUGAUAUUCAGGAACUCCUCCAUGGCUAUAUGAGUACAGUGACCGACCAAGAUUACUACAUUAAAGUCUACAGUAUACCUUUUGCCAACUUGACAAACUACUUCAUUAAACUUGUCAUCUACUAUGAUGAUUUGAACUAUGAAAUAAUUACUGAAGUACCAGAGUAUGAGCUGUUCCAGCUCCUGUCAGAUGUUGGUGGUACCAUAGGUCUGUGGAUUGGUCUCUCAUUACUCAGCCUGUUCGAGGUGCUACAGCUGCUGGCCGAGGUUGUGAUGUUUACAGUUACUCACACUUUCAACUUGUAA